AUGCUGGCGGACGCGGGUCUCAUCCAGACCAGCCUGAUCUGGGUGGCCUACGCCUGCGCCGUCGCCUUUUGCCUGAUCGCGGCCAUCAUCACCACCUUUACGUGGCAGACGCCGCGCGAGCGCUCCGCCGUCGUCAGCGCAGUCGCCGUCGUCAGCCUGACGGCGCUGCUCGCCACUGUCCUCCUACUGCCCGUCGACAUCGCCCUCGUCUCCGCCACAGGGUCCGCGCGGCUCGGCGUCAAGAAGCACUGGGCCACGCCGGAGCGCGUUGCUGACAUUCUCCUCUCACUCAAGGUCCUCUACUAUACCCUCUAUAGCGUCGAUGCCCUCCUCUGCCUACUGCUCAUCCCGUUUGCUUACUUCUGGUACGAAGAGUACGACGAGAUUGAGUUUGAGGAGGAGGGCCGCACCUGGCGCUCGCGGCUCUGGGCCGCCACCAAGUACACCCUCUUCUUUGUCGCCCUCGUCGUCGCCCUCUUCCUCAUUGGCUUCUUUGUGCCCGCCGCCGGCGGCCGCGGCGGCGGUCCCGGCAAAGACUGGGCCAACCUGGCGUCCUCCUACCUCGACAGCCUCGUCUCGCAGAGCAACGGCGAAAAGGCGCUGACGUUUGCGCUCGGCCUUCUCGUCACCCUCGGCACCCUCCUCUACGUUGUCUACACCGGCGCCGGUCUCGCUCUUAUGCCCAUUUCCUUCAUCAAGUCGGCGCCCAGCAUCUCGGCGCCGCAGCUCUCCGCCACGACGGCCUCGCAGCUCGCGCAGAACCGCGAGCGCCAGCGCCAACUCGAGAUGCGCUACGCCGGCCGCCACGACGAUAGCAUGACGCGCAAGGACCGCCGCGAGCUCGACGCCCUCGUCCGCGAGGAGCAGACGCUCGUGCGCCGUGAGCGCCUUGCUGCCGAGGCGCAGGGUGAGGGCCAUAGCCGCCUCUACCACGCCUGGCUGCAGGUCUGUGCCUUUUUUCGCCCCGUCAAGAUGAUUGGCGGCAUCCUCCUUCUGCUCCUCUCUGUCCUCGUCGCCAUCUCCAUGCUCAUCACCGGUAUCGACAAGGCCACCCACUCGGUCUGCAAGCAGCGCUGCGGCUACGUCCUAGAUCGCAUCCGCGUCUUUCAGCCCAUUAAUUGGAUCUUUGUCCAGACGGCGCGCGUCUUCCCCAUCGACUACGUUCUCAUGGCCCUGCUCGUCCUGCACCUCUUCAGCAGCUCCAUUUCAGGCAUCGCCUCCGUCGGCAUCCGCUUUCUCUGGAUCCGGAUCUUCCAGAUCCGCCGCGGCCGCACCGCGCCCCAGGCCCUCCUCAUCGCCACUGUCAUGCUCGGCCUCAUCACCCUCGCCGUCAACUACGCCGUCGCCAUGUUCGUCGCGCCUCAGUACAGCGUAUUCGGCACGCAGACCUUUUGCAGCCUCGAGCCCCCCGCCCCCGGCAUGUCUCCCGACUGCCGCGCCAACCCCGACAAGGUCCUCCCCUGCGCCCACUCGCUCGAGCACCCCUUUGCCGCCCGCGCCUGCACACCCUCCGUCAUGUCCACCUUUCUCAAUCGCAUCACCACCACAUGGCCCUUUUUCGGCAUCGUCACAUUUUGGGGUCAGUUUGUCUUUCUCGCCGUCUUUCUUGUCGUCGUCGUCACCGCCCUUUUCCGCGCGCCCCGCGUCAAUCUCACCGAGCUCGACGAGGACGCCGAGGAGGAUGAGGAAGAGAGCUUGCUGGCGGCCACCGGCCGGCGCUUUGCCGCAAGCUGGGAGGAUGCGCGCGGCAACAUUAGCAACAACCGCAAUAGCCGCAACUAUGGUACAUCCCACGCUUGA